UUGGAGUGGUGCCUUUACUACAUCUUUAUUGCAUGUGUCACAGGUACUGCAUAACUACAUGAAUUCCUGUGAAUCAGAAUUAUAGCACACAGUGAUAGCAGGAAAGAUAUUGCAGACUCGCAAAGCCUCUGAAAAACCUUAAUAUGUAACAGUGACAAAUUCUUUUUAUUUGUUUUUUUUAUCUUUGGGGUUGUAUUUCUGUAUCCAUAAUGUUUGGCAUUCAAGUCAGGAUUUUGCCAGUUAUUUGAGAUGAGUGGUCCUAUUUGUAGCUAUAUGCCAGAGGUAUGAGACGGGCACAACGAUUGGCUGAGGGUAUUCCCUUUGCGCGUUUUUGAUACGGCCACGCCUAUUUGUUGUCGUAUGCAAGACACAUGAAUCGGACAAAGGGAUUGGCUCAGAUUCUUCUCCUGUUAUUUUUUAGAAACGAUUAUUCCUAUUUGUAGCUGUUGUGCAAGAUUUGCGAGUCGGACGCAGCGAUUGGCGGAGGUUCUUCCCCUCUGCUUUUUUUUUUUUGUAUGUAUCCCUGAGAGUAAAUGGCUCCUCCUGCUAGAGAGAGACGGAGCUGAAGGAGCGGAGAACAGGAGGGGAGCGCUAAGAAAAACAUAAAUAACAGCCAUUUGAAAUCACCCAGUGUCGCUCGAUGACGGCUGUUUUACUAUAGGAUGCCAGUGGGAUUUUGAUUUAGCUUCGGAUGUUGCAGCUUGGUCUAAAUUAGAGGGAAGGGUUCGAGUUUUUCUUCUAGAUAAUAAACUCCCCAAAUGAACUCCGUCAGAGCCACCAACAGAAGACCCAGGCGAGUGUCGAGGCCGCGCCCGGCGCAGCCGGAAAGAAACAACCAGGAAAGAGAUGAGGAUGUUCCUGCAGAUAUGGUUGCUGAAGAAUCUGGACCAGGAGCACAGAACAGCCCGUAUCAACUCCGCAGAAAGUCUCUGUUACCCAAGAGAACCGCGUGUCCAACUAAAACCAGUAUGGAGGGUGCCUCCACAUCUAGCACGGAAAACUUUGGACACCGUGCCAAACGUGCCAGAGUAUCGGGGAAGUCCCAAGACUUGCCAGCUGCUCCGGCUGAACAGUACCUUCAGGAGAAGCUGCCCGAUGAGGUUGUUCUGAAGAUCUUCUCCUACCUUCUGGAGCAGGACCUCUGUCGUUCUGCCUGCGUGUGCAAGCGCUUCAGUGAGCUUGCCAAUGACCCCAUCCUCUGGAAGAGGCUAUACAUGGAGGUGUUUGAGUACACACGCCCAAUGAUGCACCCUGAGCCUGGCAAGUUUUACCAGAUCAACCCAGAGGAAUAUGAGCAGCCAAAUCCAUGGAAGGAAAGCUUCCAACAGCUGUACAAAGGAGCACACGUUAAGCCUGGCUUUGCCGAACACUUCUACAGUAAUCCUGCCAGAUAUAAAGGAAGAGAAAACAUGCUGUACUAUGAUACCAUUGAAGAUGCUCUAAGUGGGGUUCAGGAAGCCCACUUUGAUGGCCUCAUUUUUGUCCACACUGCGCACAUCUACACAGACGAGUGGAUCUACAUAGAGUCCCCAAUCACGAUGAUUGGUGCAGCACCAGGGAAAGUUGCAGACAAAGUGAUCAUUGAGAACACCAGAGAUUCCACGUUUGUUUUCAUGGAGGGAUCUGAGGAUGCCUAUGUGGGUUACAUGACAAUAAGGUUCAACCCUGAUGAUAAAUCAGCGCAGCACCACAAUGCUCAUCACUGUCUGGAGAUCACAGUCAAUUGCAGUCCCAUCAUUGAUCACUGUAUCAUACGCAGCACAUGUACAGUGGGCUCUGCAGUCUGUGUUAGUGGUCAGGGAGCCUGUCCGACCAUCAAACAUUGCAACAUCAGCGAUUGUGAAAAUGUGGGCUUGUACAUCACAGAUCACGCACAGGGCAUAUAUGAAGACAAUGAAAUCUCAAACAAUGCGUUGGCUGGGAUCUGGGUGAAAAACCAUGGCAACCCAAUCAUCAGACGGAACCACAUCCACCAUGGCAGGGAUGUGGGUGUGUUCACCUUUGACCAUGGCAUGGGCUACUUUGAAAGCUGCAAUAUCCACAGGAACCGGAUAGCAGGCUUUGAGGUGAAAGCAUAUGCCAACCCCACAGUUGUGCGUUGUGAGAUCCACCACGGCCAGACGGGGGGCAUCUACGUGCAUGAGAAAGGCCGUGGGCAAUUCAUAGAGAAUAAAAUAUACGCAAACAACUUUGCUGGUGUGUGGAUCACAUCCAACAGUGACCCCACAAUCAGGGGUAAUGCCAUCUUCAAUGGUAAUCAAGGUGGCGUGUACAUAUUUGGCGACGGGCGAGGCCUGAUAGAAAGCAACGACAUAUAUGGCAAUGCUUUAGCAGGGAUCCAGAUCCGAACAAACAGCUGCCCAAUUGUCCGCCACAACAAGAUCCACGAUGGGCAACACGGGGGCAUUUAUGUGCACGAAAAGGGGCAAGGGGUGAUUGAGGAGAAUGAGGUAUACAGCAACACCCUUGCAGGGGUGUGGGUGACGACAGGAAGCACGCCGGUACUGCGGAGGAACCGCAUCCACAGUGGCAAGCAGGUGGGAGUUUAUUUCUAUGACAACGGUCAUGGAGUACUGGAGGACAAUGACAUCUACAACCACAUGUACUCCGGGGUCCAGAUCCGAACUGGUAGUAACCCUAAGAUUAGAAGGAACAAGAUCUGGGGCGGCCAAAAUGGUGGCAUCCUGGUCUAUAACUCUGGCUUGGGCUUCAUUGAGGAUAAUGAAAUCUUUGACAAUGCCAUGGCAGGCGUGUGGAUAAAAACGGACAGCAACCCCACACUCCGGAGAAACAAAAUCCAUGAUGGCCGGGACGGUGGAAUCUGCAUAUUCAAUGGGGGUCGAGGGGUGUUGGAAGAGAACGAUAUCUUCCGGAAUGCCCAGGCAGGUGUCCUCAUUAGCACCAACAGCCACCCUAUCCUGCGCAAGAACAGAAUAUUCGAUGGAUUUGCAGCAGGCAUAGAGAUAACGAAUCACGCCACAGCAACUCUAGAAGGCAAUCAGAUUUUCAACAACCGCUUUGGAGGAUUGUUUCUAGCAUCUGGAGUCAAUGUUACAAUGAAAGAUAACAAAAUACUGAACAAUCAAGAUGCCAUUGAAAAAGCAGUGAGCAGAGGUCAGUGCCUCUACAAGAUUUCAAGUUACACCAGCUAUCCGAUGCACGAUUUUUACAGGUGUCAUACAUGUAACACAACAGACCGCAAUGCCAUCUGUGUCAACUGCAUCAAGAAGUGCCACCAAGGGCACGAUGUGGAGUUUAUACGGCAUGAUAGGUUUUUCUGUGACUGUGGUGCUGGGACCCUGUCGAACCCUUGCACGCUGGCAGGAGAGCCGACACAUGACACAGACACUCUGUAUGACUCGGCCCCCCCUAUAGAGUCCAACACACUCCAGCACAACUAAACUGGGAUGCCACCCAACCCCACAAGGAAUUGAGGUUCUGCCAUCCUAAACCCAGAGACUCCAGCUGUAAGAUAAAAUGGAAGUGGAGAGGGGAAAAAAAUUUUAAAAAUUGUUUAACUUAAAGGAAUCUUGGACAACUUGCGUUGCCACAGCUUUGAAUGGAAAUACUGAUCUAUUUAAAACACUGCUCAGCUGUCUGUGGACAUGGUGCUUUUGUUUUCUUCUUGCAACAUUUGGACAAAGAAGAUGGAAUAAUGUGACUGAAGAGGCACACGCUGAAGAAUAGUUAGCAUGUUGACUCAGGAUUCUGGGAAAAGGAAGCGUGUCCUAUUGUGGGAGCAGGGCUGCAUGAGACUGCCUGUAAGCCCUACGAGGGACCUGGAAUGGAGAAGAGUCAGAGUGCAGGCUUUUUUUUUUUUUUUUCCUUUAUGCAAGUGGAGCCAUAGCCCUCCUCCUAACAGCUGUUCCUGCACCAGACGCAGAGCUGCACCCAGACUGCUGCCCUAGGACCUGUUCAUGGGCAAAUGUUGCGGUGGUAUAUAUAUGUAUGGUAAAAUGUGACCUAGCACUUCGCUUUUUUUUUUAUUUUUAAAAACAUUGAGAUGUUUGAUUUUAAUGCUUUCUCAUGUAGUUUUGUAUUUCAAGCAAAAAUAUUACUGUACUUGAAUGUCCAUUAUAUUUUCUUUGAGUAGCGCAUACCCUUACAUUUGCUGUAAUUAUACUCAUGUCCCAGUAUCUAAGUUCUUUCUGUGAAAGAGGAUAAAGUUUAAAACAUAACACUAAUUUCUUCCAGCAAUGUUACUGACUUUAACUGUCAUGAUGGCUGUUUUGCAGGAGCCUGGUUUCUGUAACAUUUGGUGUCAACAGGAACACCUUGCAAAGACUCCUAAAUCUGUGUGGAGGGAAAACUAAAGCCAGUCUUGAGAACUAUCCUAUGGUUUAAAAGUAAAGGCAAUGGGGGUUUUUUCAAGUGUAAAUACAUUGCUGGAGAUGGAGCUUCUUGCUAUAUUGAAGCUAAGACAAGUACCUAUACAGCUGUAUACAGUUUC